GGAAAGUUCAUCUACCAGCCAUCAACCAUGAAGAUUCUUAGCUACCUCCUGGCUUACCGAAGGUUCCUGCUCAUUGUUCUCACCCCACUGCUUUUACUUCCACUUCCACUUAUCAUCAAAACCAAAGAAGCAGAAUGUGCAUACACAUUGUUUGUAGUUGCCAUCUUUUGGCUCACAGAAGCUUUGCCACUGGCUGUUUCAGCUUUGCUCCCUGCCUUUAUGUUCCCGUUAUUUGGUAUAAUGGAAUCCAAGGAGGUAGCAUCUGCUUAUUUUAAAGACUUUCAUCUGCUGCUGAUUGGAGUAAUUUGUUUGGCAACAUCAAUAGAAAAAUGGAAUUUCCAUAAAAGAGUGGCUUUAAGAAUGGUGAUGCUGGUGGGUGUCAACCCUGCAUGGCUUACGCUGGGUUUCAUGGUUAGCUGUGCUUUCUUGUCAAUGUGGCUCAGCAACACCUCUGCUGCUGCCAUGGUGAUGCCAAUUGUAGAGGCUGUAGCUCAGCAGAUCAUCAGAGCUGAAGGAGAAGCUGAUGCGCUGGAGAUGUCUUGCUCUAAUGGCUCCAUCAACCCGGCACUGGAGCUGGACGAAAAUACAGGAGAAUGUGAAAGCAGUGACUGGAAAGAAAAAGAAAAACAAGUUAAUGGAUAUGACAAUGACGUGGGUAGUACUAUGUGCACAAUCGAAAAGGAAAAUGAAAAAGAAAAGGAACAGAACCUACCACCUGCUGAAACAGAGACAAAAAGCAGAGAGGACAAAUACAGUGGGGUUUUCAAAGUGAUGUGCUUAUGUGUUGCUUAUUCUGCCACCAUUGGAGGGCUGACUACAAUCACAGGAACAUCAACUAAUCUGAUUUUUGCUGAGCACUUCAAUACACGUUACCCAGCUUGCCAGUGCAUCAAUUUUGGAUCCUGGUUUAUCCUUUCCAUACCCAUCACAGUUGUUAUUCUGCUGCUCUCCUGGGUCUGGCUCCAGUGGCUUUUCCUUGGGUUUGAUUUUAAAAACAUGUUCAAGUGUGGCAAGAAGAAAACAGCUAGAGAAGAGGCCUCAGCACAGGUGAUUCAGAAGGAGUACAAGAAGCUUGGACCAAUGAGCUACCCAGAAAUUGCUACAUUUGUUCUAUUCAUUCUAAUGACCCUGCUGUGGUUCACCAGAGAGCCUGGCUUCAUCCCAGGAUGGUCUUCACUUUUCCCAAAGUAUAAAGGCUAUGCUACGGAUUCAACAACUGCCUUAGUGAUAGGCCUUCUGUUCUUUAUUAUUCCAGCAAAAACAUUAUCGAGGACUUCAAAUGGAGAAAACACUGUUUUUGGUUAUACUCCACUGAUUACUUGGAAGGAAUUUCAGUCAUGCAUGCCCUGGGAAAUAGCUAUUCUUGUUGGUGGCGGGUUUGCACUGGCAGACGGCUGUGAGGUUUCAAAACUUUCUGAGUGGGUAGCAAGUAAAUUGACCCCUCUAGGAUCAUUACCCUUGUGGUCGGUUAUCCUGAUAUCAUGCCUUAUUGUCACUUCAGUAACAGAAGUGGCCAGCAAUCCAGCUACCAUUACGAUAUUUUUGCCCAUACUAUCUCCUUUGGCUGAAGCCAUUCAUGUGAACCCACUUUUCAUUCUGAUACCUGCUACCUUGUGCACUUCCUUCGCAUUCCUGCUUCCUGUAGCAAACCCAGCCAAUGCCAUUGUAUUUUCAUACGGUCAUUUAACUGUUAUGGAUAUGGUGAAAGCUGGUUUGGGCAUUAACAUCAUCGGAGUUGCUGUAGUUAUGCUGGCAAUUAUGACAUGGAUAGUGCCUAUAUUCGAUCUCUAUACUUACCCAAGUUGGGCACCAAACAUUCCUUCUACAAAUAGCACUGGGCUGUAAAAAAAAAAAAAAAAAAAUUCCUGGGCAUUGGUUUGGAUUGGUUUUAUUUCUUUUUUUUCCAUUAACAUGUGGUGAGUCACUUAAAAUGCUUUUUGUCACCACAACAGUAGGGAUCCACAUUGCUAUAAAUGCCAUAUUUCACAGUCCCAGAGACUGAUGAUCCAGUCUGAGAGUCUAAUCAGGAAGAACUCUAGACUUUCUAAAUAUCGUAAAGUUAGAUCAAGUUUCUAAUCUAGUUCAGCUAGUCUGAAUUUUUAUAUCUUCAUGUUAUGAAGGAAAAAGUAAAUGUGCAUAGCCAUUAUCACUGGCAGUUUGCUCCCGUUCUCAGGGUAGUGGAAUAAUGAGGUUUAGAUUUUAUUAUUUCAAAUACCUUUUCUUACUAUUACUUUGGUGAUAUUUGGGGUUCCUCCAAGAACAUACUGGUUUUCUGUUUUCUAGAUUCAAACACUGUUUGAAGUGGUGUUGAUCACAAACGAAAGAUCAGGCAGGGGAUUGUCUUGAAUGCAUAGUUUACAGAGCUGUCAGAAAUGCACAGAAAAUGGAGAGGAGCAGCACGACCACUUACACAGCACUUUAUAUGCUAAGCACCUUGUAAUUUGGAAGGAGAAUAAAUACUUAAGCAUAUGUUUAGUCUACCUCCUUCCAGGACUUCACUGAAACAUGACGUUGUUGUUGUCGUCAUUUAGUAUUUUUCUGGAUAGGUCGGAGUUGAUCUAUAUGAAUAGAUACUAAAUUAUCAUCAUACCUCUCUGCCAAAAGUAGAGAUAUAUCCCCUUGAUGAACAAAAGCACAAGAUAGUGUGCUGAAGAUGUGACGCUCAAUCCAUCAAUCAAGACUACAGUGCAUCUUGACCAGGAGGCUCGUGAUCUCUACAGGACAGGUUGCAGUUUAAGGCUUUAGACUGUGUUAAAGCUGUAAACACAAAACAGUGCAAUGUAGUCAGAAUGGAAGUUUGGAGUUCAGAGAUAUCUAAAUAAUGAUGUUUUAUAUGGUUGUUACAUGUUUUUCACUGUAAGGACUACAGCGUUGUUCUUUUCACCUGUUGCGAAGACCUGUGACAAUUUGUGAAGAGCGUUUCGUUAAUAGUCUGAAUCAAAGCUGCAAUGUAUUUAGCUUGGGCCAUCCCCUGGGGCACCUCUGUGAUGGCUGUAAACCUUAAGCUGUCUUUUACAGAUACUGUAAAUUAUCCAUUUUUCCUAAAAACAACAACAAAAAAGCGCUUUUGUUUUUUGAUUAGAUGGUUUACAUCUAUUUUUGAUAGUGCAUGUUUAGAGUAGAGAUGUCAGUCACAACUUCUAUAAUGACAGACCACAGUGUAUAGUAUUGUUAUAUAUGUAGUUUGAUUCCAUUAGCUACUGGUUGCAGAUUCAGCUGCAAUGAGUUAUUAAAGAAGCACUUUUUCUUAAUGAUGAUGUUUUCGUGUAAGUAAUUGCUAUCUGUACAUGCCACCACACUUCUCAGCCUGACCGAGGCUGCUAUCUCUUUAGGAUGGCUACCUCCCUUUUCUUUUUUUUUUUUUAAUUUUUUAUACAGUGCUUGGCAAAACAGGGCUAUGUCCGUGACUAGGUCAAUCAGGAGCUGCCACCAUACAAAUAAUGUUAACUGAUCCCACGCAGUAAUGAUUAUGAUUACAGAAAUACAACACCUGGAUAAAUGAAGCCUUUAAUUCAUCAGGUACUACAGGGAAAUGCUUAUGCAAGUAGCUAAUGCAAGACAUAGGCCUUGGAUUAUAUCAUACGGUGUCUUUCCAGAAGGAUGUGCAACACAGAAGCAAGGAGCUCAUGGUUUACAUAGGUCUUUGGUCCUGCAGGCAUAGAGAGGAGAACCAGCUAAGAGAGUGCUCAUACUUUAAGGUUCCCAGGUAUCACCUUUCCAGUUCUGUCACCAAUUUCCAGAUUAUUCAAGAGCAGUGGAAAUAGUGAAUCAUAGCAUAAUUCAAAUGGAAGGGAUCUCAGAAGACCAUCUUGUCCAAUCUCUUGCUCAAAGCAAGGUUAGUACUGAAUUCAGACCAGGUUGCUGAGGGAUUUGUCUAGUCACAUCUUGAAAAUCUCCAAGACGCAGACUGCACAACUUCCCUGAGUAAUGUUCUUCAGUGCUUUACCGUCCUUGUAGUGAAAUGUUUUGUCUUUAAAGAAAUGAACAAAUGAACAAAAAUAUAUUGAUUUUAGUGGAAUAAAUUAAUUUUUCUUCCUUUUAUUUGGGAUAGAUUUUUUCUAUAUGUAAAAGAGGUUUUUUAUUUUUUAAAGAAACAUGAAAAAGAGGACAGUCGUCUUUGUAGCCUUACUUUCACCACUCCCCGUGGAUGUGAUAUUUUCAGUCAUCUCCACUGUUCCGCUCCACAAAGAAUCACCAGUAUUACAACCAUGUGGCAACUGUUAUUUGGCCAGAGGAAAUUUGUUAACCACUUAUGAGCUGUCCCCCAGUUUUAUUAAUGUUCACAAUACAGAAUUGGCUGUUGUAACCUCAGCCUUGAAUAUGACAUUGAGGUCAACAGAGGUCCGUGAACGCACUGCUCUAUGAAAUCCAGCUUUGACAUCUGCAUUCUCUCUUCAAGUUGCGUAUCUUCACGGAAGAAAAUAAUUAUUUUGCACCAUUUAAGAGAACUCUUGAGAAGUUGUCAACUGUAGUAAGUGAUACAGUCUUCAGUGUAAGCUGAAGCUCAGUUUGUGCCAAGUGAUUAUUCAGCUGUUCAUUUCCUUUACUUUUUGGUUUAUUCAUAGGAUCAUAGACAAUAUGAUAAGAAAGGCCCAUUGUGUCUGAACCCUCACAUAAUGCAGACCACAAAAUUUCCCUAAACUUAUUUUUCAGGAUAGACAGCAUGAUAAAGUGUCUUAGUAAAGAAGAAAGAAGAUUCAAAUUGUUUAAUGAAGGAUGCACUUUUAAAAACUAUUUUCACUACAAUCUGUGUAUACAGCAAACAAUAUGCAAAGGGAGAAGGGAUGGAUUUGUAAAGCAAAGAAAGUUAUUCAUCUGUUGUAUUUAUGUUAUCAAAAUGAAAUGGAGAAUUAUAAAUAAACUAACUUUCAGUGACCAGCUUCUUAACUGUCGUAAUGUGACAAAUUAGUGACAAAAAUGAAAUGAUCAAGCAUGAGGUUUUUGAGAGAUUGUAUCCUGUAAGUAAAAUAGUCAUGAAUAAAUGAGUUGGUAGUGGCAAGAAUGUAGGGUUUCACUGGGAUAUUUUCCCUUUGUUUUGCUAAAAGUUUAAGGAACGAGUCAGACACAAUCUUUGAGCUGAGUUGUUAUUAUUGCUAACUUAUUUUUAAAGCUUUUAAGAACCUUUUACGUCAAAAUGAACAACUCUGCAGUGCAGAGAUUAAUAUUGCCAGAACUUCCUCACCUGAGUUGAAAUGGAGGAAAAAGAGAAUUUCAAAAUGUUGUCUCUCUGGGUACGCCAUGGGUGGAUUUGGCUCUGACUGCAGGCACAGAGCACCACGCUGCCUGCCAGCAGAAAAAGUGCUCUUCGUAUGUGGCUUUUACAUUCAUUGCUUUGUCCAGAGUUUGUGAGUAUUGUGACAAAUGAUGGAAAAGCAUCUGUGAUUAUUUUGAGUUGAUUAAUACAUGAUGACUACCUUCACUAUUUGUAAAUUGCUUUGUGCAUAAUUUUCAUAUAAAAUGGUAUGUUUUUUCUUUGUCUCAGCUGAGUCUCAUCAGCCUACUGGAUUAGUACAUAAGUAAUACUUAUUUGUGGUUCCAUUCCUGCUGAAUUAAAUGGCGCCUUUGCCGUGUAUUUCAUUAGGGGAUAUGUGCCAAGUCUUUGUUCUCCUUUUCUAUGGCCGUGCUAUAUUUAAUAUACUUUCACUUUGCUUUCGGAAGAUGUGUGUUUAGAUUACCAAAACCAACAAAACAAGUGAACCCUGGAAAAAGCUUCUCGACUGUUCUAUUGCUACGAUCAGACAGUCAGAUCACUCUUGCGGUGUAAAUCCCCUUAUGUACUUUUAAAAUGAAAUAUCUGUGUUUGUUUACUGCAAGAGUCUUGCUUGGUUAAAGUCAACCAGCCUAUAGUCUGAGGGCUCGCUGAGGAGCAAUGCAGCACAGCAGCUCAGGAAGAAAAGUAGUGAAAAAAAAAUCCUUACAACUUUUUGACUAGGUGUAGACACCAAGCCAGUUUGCAUAUUAAUUAGAACCAUCAAAAGACUGUUGUAUGUUAUGUGCAGUUACUGGCAGGACUGGAAGGCUUCUAGUGACCCCUUAGAUGCACAGAAGUCUGUUCCUGCCCCGUCUCCUGCCCUGCUGUUGGCAGCCCACGGGAGGAUGCUGCCCUGACGGUGAUACCCUGCCGCCCCAGAGCUCCCAAAGCUGAGGAUAUUCCCCAGGGAUCAGAUCCGCACAGAUUUCAGAUUGCUUUGCAGCUAUUAGUGAUUAACGUUAACUUCAGUUACUGGCUUAGUUCUCUGUCUCUGCAAAGUUGAUUUGAUGAUUUCUGGUUUUUAACAAUUACUGAACACUUUGUCAGUGUUCCUUAAUGCUUUUGCCUUGUGUUUUCGGAAGCUGUUGUAUGUCACUUUACCUGCACAAUGUUCAAUUUCUGUACAACUUUCCUUUACAAUACUGAUCUACUAUCUUUA